AUGGUUGUAGGAGCGUUUCCAAUAGCUAAAUUAUCGGUUUUACUUAUCAAGCAAAUAAGUAAACCGAUCGCCAAUAUUUGCAAGGAAAGAGCCAAAAAUAAUCCAUUCUUUAGAACUUACGUUUGCAUGCCACCAGCUCAAUUUUACAACUGGUGCGAAGUAAAGGCAAAAAUGUGGAUAUUAAACUUAGGCAAGCCUGUCAAUAUACCAGUGCUGAGUCAGGACAUGGCUAUUGAGCUUGGAGCUAAUCUUCUGGGAGAGACAGUUAUCUUUGUCAUUGGUGCUAGCCUGUUAAUAGUUGAAUAUAACAGGCAAAGUAAAAAAGAAGCCGCCAAAGAAGCAAAACGUGAAGCUGAAAUGAAACAUAUUACGGGAACUAUAACUGACCUUUACUUUACGGUCCAACAGCAACAAACGCAACUAAGGGAGAUGGAAAGAUUAAUACAUGCAAUUGAUGAUAUUAAACCGAGUGGCCCAUCAGGAACAAAACCUCCUACAAAAAAACCAUCUAGCCCGCAGCCUCCUAAUAUGAACCCAGUUGGAACUUCACCACCUAAAGUAGAAAAAAUCAGUCAUGCUGCACAAAAUUAUUCAACCCCCUUCCCUAGUAAUGGUUUAAUCUUAAGCUCAUUGAACUACAUUCAAAUGGAUGUUUUAAGCACUUAUUUUGUACAUUCAGAAAAAAAAGAACAAGAAACUGAAAGAAAACCUAUUGAAAAUAAAAAUCAUAGAAGGGAACAAGCUGUACUAUCAGAAGCACUUCACAAUAUAGAAAAUGAUUUUAGAAGUUUGUUUUAA